AUUUAGAAAAUCCAUAAGAUUAAACCUAACUUCUUCAUUUUGUCAAUUCAUUUCUGACCUGUCUUGUUUAUUGAUUCCUAUGCAUACACCCCAUUUUCCCUACAAUUCACAAUCCAAGAAACAAAGGCAUUUGUUUUUCCUUCUGCAGCAGAAUUAUUUGAUUUUCCUUUUCAUUCCAUUUCCAUCUCAUUCUUGAAGGAAAAUCGUUUUUCCUUCGAUCAUUGACUCGUUCUAAAUUCUUCCAUUGAUACCACAUUCAUCGGAGAGAUAUACUGCAUCUCUCUACGUUGCAUAACCCUUUAGAUCUUUUGAGAAACAUUCGGUUUGAAUCAGAAAAUGGUUCGAUCGUAUAAGGAAGAAAAAGAAUUCUAUUAUUGUGUAAAAUAAAGAAUUCCUUCAUCAUCAUUUUCCUUUAUAUGAUCAUAUAAUGGAGCAAGAAAAACUUGGCUGGCCUCUUAACCGUUUGGAAAGUACUAAGUUGCAUUUCUCAAAUGAUGUAAAUGCACCGAAUCCUCGUACGAUAGAUAGACAACAUUCAGAUAUGGCGCAAAUGAAGGAAAAGUUUGCAAAGUUGCUUCUUGGUGAGGAUAUGUCUGGUGGGGGAAAGGGUGUUUCAUCAGCUUUGGCAUUGUCAAAUGCUAUUACGAACUUAGCAGCUUCUGCAUUUGGAGAACAAAAGAAAUUAGAGCCCAUGGCACCAGAGACCAAAGCAAGAUGGAGAAAGGAGAUUGAUUGGCUCCUGUCUGUCACAGAUCAUAUUGUUGAAUUUGUUCCUUCUAAGCAAUUCUCAAAAGAUGGAAUAUAUAUGGAUAUUAUGGUAACAAGGCAAAGAUCUGAUCUUCACAUUAACAUCCCUGGCCUACGCAAGCUCGAUGCAAUGCUCCUAGAGUGCCUGGAAAACUUCAAAGAGCAAAAUGAGUUUUACUACACAAAAUCAAAAGAUGAUGAUCCAAGGAACGAUGAUAAAUGGUGGAUUCCUACUCCUAAAGUCCCCCCAAAUGGGUUAUCUGAUGCUACAAGAAAAUGGCUGCAGAAGCAGAAGGAUUCUGUAAACCAAGUGCUUAAAGCAGCUAUGGCUAUAAAUGCACAAGUCUUGUCAGAAAUGGAAAUUCCAGAAAGCUACAUAGAGUCGCUUCCAAAGAAUGGAAGAGCAAGUCUCGGAGACUCAAUUUACAAGAGCAUAACUGACGAUUACUUCGAUCCCGAUUAUUUUCUGUCCACUAUGGACUUGUCAUCGGAACAUAAAAUUCUUGACCUUAAAAAUAGGAUCGAGGCAUCAGUGGUUAUAUGGAAACGGAAAAUGAAUGCUAAAGACAGCAAGUCUUCGUGGAGUUCGGGUGUAAGUUUGGAGAAGAGAGAAAUUUUGGAAGAAAGAGCAGAGACUAUUUUGCUUCUUCUGAAGCACAGAUUCCCUGGACUCCCUCAGUCAAGUCUAGACAUCAGCAAAAUCCAAUACAACAGAGAUGUGGGACAAGCUAUUUUGGAGAGCUAUUCAAGAGUAAUAGAAAGCUUGGCGUAUACUGUCUUGUCAAAAAUUGAAGAUGUUACAUAUGCCGAUAAUCUUGCUCGGAAUCAAUCAAAUGGGGAAAGAAAGAUUAGACUUGCAUGUGAUAGAGAAGAACUCGAGAAACAAAACUCAGCAGAGACACCAACUUCAAUGACAUUGUUGGAUUUUAUGGGUUGGAGUUUAGAUCGAGGUGACACAGAAACAAAUAAUGAUAUUAAGAACGAUGUUUACAAAGAGGUCAAUAUUCUCCCGAGCAAACCACCUAAUGUUGUGACAAACAAGAAAAUAUCCUACAUAGAGAGGCUAGAGAACUUAGGGGGAGCAAGAAGUCCAACAGCACGCCAUUAACUGAUUCCUUGACAGGAAAAAAGUGUAUGUUUUUGGUACAUAGACCUCAAUAAAAAAGUUUUAGCUCGUUUCUCUUUUUCAGUAUUAUCCGAUCCAAUCCUUCCAGAUGAACAUGCUAAGGUCGAACUGUAUAGGAUUAUGUAUCAAAUUAUAGCUCUCCUCCUGUAAAUAGAAAGCAUUGGUAGUGUAUCACUUCUGAAGUCCCUUAGUAGAAGAAGUCAUAUUAAUUCUGUACUGGAUUAUUAUUGAGACUUUUUUUCUCUUAUGGAAAAUGUUCGUAGCUCAUUGUA